AGUCAAUGUCGGCAAUGUGGAUUCGACCUCAGGUGUCGUCCAGACAGCAGGUGACAAAAACAUGAACGGCCUCAGCGCAGGCUCGACAGCUUCGACGGUCACGACUAUCGCGGAUGCAGUCGUCAGUAGCUCAGGAGAUGGCCCCACUGUAACCUUUUCUGCGAGCACCCUAAGUACCGCAUCUUCUGCAAUUCCUUCUGCUCAGCCUCAAGGUACCCUGACCAACCAAGGGACUUCGUCUUCAACCUUCAUCUCUAUGGUAUCGAGUGCAUCGACGCUUUUCACCAGCUCUCUCGUCUUUAUCGUACCACCUUCAUCAAAUAUACUACCGGCUUUCCAGAGCACAUCGACUAUCCCGAGUGUUGCUUCCACUUUGACUUCGUCGACCACGGUACGAAUUGUUGCAUCAGAUCAGUCUACGCUAGUCCCUUUUCCGAGCACAGUGACGCCAGGCAGUGUGUCUUCCAGCUCGUCCGCUGUCGCCAUUCCGACAAGCAGCUCUACGAGCGCCCUGCCAAUGUCACAAACGGCUUUGACUACAGCGGGCCCCGCGAGCAUCUUGUUGACUUCCCAACAACCAGUUAGCCUACUGAGUAUAGCCAGUCCGUUGUUUGUAUCAAAUGGUACGCCAUCCAGCACCAUGGUACAAGUCAGCGUUAUCUCAAUUUCUGUACUUCCUUCAUCGUCCACGGGCGUGUUGGCUGGCAAUGGAGUCACAGGUGUCACAUCGUCGCUUGGGACCACUUCCACAAGCCCGACUUCUGUAACUACAACGUCGACGGUCUCGGCGAGUAGCAGUCUAUUGAGUCAGAUAAUGUUCUCCUCGAGUGUUGCAGUUACGGGUAGUAGUACCUCGGUCCCUCCUGUUGUAGUUACUAUCGCUACGAGCCCUACCUCUUCUGCUAUCUCUACCCCUGUCGCGUCAUCAAGCCUCGCAUCAUCUAGCGUCGGAUCCGUAAGCAUCUUACCUUCGAGUAUCGUACCCUCGAGUAUCGCAUCCGCAAGUAUCGCACCCUCGAAUGUCGUACCCUCGAGUAUCGUACUUCCAAGCACGCCAUCGAGUUUCUUAUCUUCGAGCACUGUGGCCCCGAGCGGCAUUCAUUCGAGCUUCAUAACCUCACCCUCAAGCGGUGGGCUUUCGAGCAUACUGACCUCUAGUACCACGUUCGUGACCAGCAGCUUUUCAGUCGUCUCUACACAGUCUCUCGCAUCAGGUAUCGCUGUGAUCAGUGUGACCGCACCCACCUCGACAGCACCACAAAGCACUUCUGCUGCGACAGGGAUGAGCCCUUCAGCAUCCUCAGCUCAGCUCAAGAGUUCAUCCUCAAGCUCAACUUCCCCAGCCCCUAGCUCGAUCGCGACAUCCUUGAGCCUCUCCAUGGUGUCUAGCAGCUCAUCAGCGGCCUCUCUAUCUGCUGCCUCGGUCGCUUCGAGUGUAGUGACAACCAAGCCCAGCAGUGUAGCUCUGAGUUCCUCUGCUACACCUGCAACCAGCACGGUCAAUUGCGCCUAUUUGAUUUCUGCAGGCUUGCUGUCUCGUGCCCAGCUGAGCGCUCUCGGUUGUGGUCAAGUGAUCGGUGGCAUUGUGAAACGAGAUGAGCGUACGACUUUGCGAACAUCGUACAAGCCGGCUUCUGUCGUGUUGAGUGUUAAGUGAUGUUGGAAGCGGGCUGAAUUCUUCUGCGUUUCCUUUCUGCUUUCAAGUCCUCUUUCCUUUGUUGAGUGAUUUUUCCGAGCCUUUGACGCUAUAGCUCUCAGGCUUUGCUUACUUAAUGUAUGUAGCGACUGCUAGGUUGAUCCCAGAAUUGUG